AUGCACUGGGUUUUGAGCAACCUCAAAAGUAAGGAUUCUCGAGUCCGAGCAUGCGAUUUUUCGGGGAGUGGUUUAUUUGUGGGAGUUGUGUGCGAGGGUUUAUCGUUUGAUGAUGAGGCGAGAUUGUUGGGGAGGUUGGGAUCGCAGAUCUUCAGGGAUGUAGCGACGAUAUGUCUGCGACUUAUCGAGUUCGGUUUAGGGUGCUUGGGUUCCGAGAAUCGUUAUUGUGGUAUCAUGUUUUUGGGUUCAGGUCGAGCUGCUUCGUUUUGUAUGGCGGCCAAGAUGGUCUUCUUCCAGCACCGUUCCAAAGCUCGUAGAGAACUCGCUAGUAAUGAAGCUGCACUCGAUUAUUACAGAAAGAAGCAUUCUUUACCACCGAUGCAACAACCGCAGCGAAUCCAACUUCAUCCACUAACCCCAAGGGCACAGGAAGUAGUGGAUACAUCAUCAGCUCCAAUAUCUAUCGGCAACGUGUUUCAAGAAGGUAUAACAAGCUUGCCAGUGAUUUGUCUCUCUGAACCUCAUGUUCUCCGACUUCAAAAAUUAAAAGCGCAAAGACCCAAAGACUCUUCAUCUCCAAAUGGCGAGAAACGACUACGCAAAGAGAACAAACGAACCGAAGCAAAGGGGAAGAUGGAAAAGAUAAAGAAGAAAGAGAAGAUGAAUAAGAGUACAUCAAUAGAAGAAGAUCAACCUCGUACGAUUGAUAUCAUUACACAACCGACAUCAAUCUCAUCCCUAAAAAUUCGCAAAGCUUCCCAAACAAAGCUUCAAAAAUACAUUAACUUCACGUCCCCCAAAAAAUUAUCCAAGAAAUCGCCCGAAUCACCCGUGGAUAAAGUAAAGGAGAAAGUCAGCGAGAGAUUCGAGGAGGAAAUUAAAGAGGAAGUCGAAAAGGAAGACGAAAAUGAAUUCAACAGCCAUAUUGAAACGGCAGCCAACACGUCUCUUUUAUUCAAGCCAGACACCACAACUUUCACAAACAAUCCUAAUUGGCCUUUGCGUUAG